GGCAGUGGAUUCGAUGUCCGAUGGGUAUCUGCAACGCCCCCGCGACCUUUCAGCGAGCCAUGAAUAUGGCUUUUCAGAAUUUCGUGCGGAAGACACGUUUGGCACAGAGCAUCAUCAACUACUGCGUGAUUGUGUACGUGGAUGACAUUCUGGUGUACUCGAGUUCCUACGAGGGACACGUAUCGCACAUCGAAUGGGCGCUGCAUGUGUUACGAGAUGCGGGCUUCAAGGUGGCGUUUGAGAAGUGCCAGUUUUUCCUUACCACCAUUUCUUUCCUGGGACACGUGGUAACAGACAAGGGACUCCAACCGGAGCCGCAGAAGGUGGCAGCUGUCAGGGAUGCGCCGGUGCCUACGACUAUCACGCAAGUUCGCGCCUUUUUGGGCCUGGCCUCGUACUACCGAAGAUUUAUCAAGGGCUUCGCGACGAUUGCGGGGCCCCUCAUAAAUCUGCUGCGCAAAGAUCAGCCGUUGAUCUGGACGCUGGAGUGUGAUCAAGCGUUUUCGAAACUCAAGGCCGCUCUCAUUUCGGGUCCGGUCCUUAUAAGGUUGGAUCCCGAAAAACCUUUUGUUCUCAUUACUGACUGGCAGCCAGAGGCAAUUUCAGCGAUCCUUGUCCAGGUGGGACCAAGUGGACUCGAGAGCGUGGUGGAGUAUGCGUCCAAAUCGGUGCUUGCCUGCAAGCGCAACUACGCCGCUCCAACGGGAGAAUGCUACGCGGCUCUUUGGGGAAUCAGUCACUUUCGCGCUUACCUGUACGGACGGAAGUUCACCUUGGUAACCGAUCAUGAGCCCCUGUUGGCUCCAAAUCCGACGAUCGCAGCAAGCACCAAGAGACUCGAGCGUGAGGUGAGAACUCCCAUGCUUAGAUACGAGAGGGGGGACCCUUACGGUACCUUUGAUAGGGCUUGGAUGUGGGGAGGACGGUAUGGAGUGACCCUUCCGAAGAUUAGAGGGGAAGGAGAGGUGGCGGCAGAGUUCUUCGAGAUUUACGAGCAGGAGACAGUGAUUAGGUUCUCAGUAGCAUCGGACGGAGACAGUUGCAUAAGAAAGGCUGAAAUCUUUUUGUCCCCUGACGCCCGGCUAGUAUUCGCUACGGAAUUAGCGGAAGGAAAAGAUCCUCUGGGCAUCGUCGAAAGGGCCCUAGAACGAUUGGGGAGAUUGAGAGGACGAGGCGCCAGGAGCACCACUAUUGAUAAGGUGGAAUACCGAGGAAGGGCGGAGGUUCCGAGAGCAGGCCACGGAAGGACUUGGAAUAUCCCUACCUGGGCCUAUCGACUACUCUAUGCCAACAACGAGACCGUGAGGAGAGUCCUGUUGAGGGGUCAGGUGAUAGAAAAAUUCCCGUUGGGUGAGGAAGGGGGACACGAGUUAUUCACCCAGUGCUGGGAGUCGAGGGAGGACAACGAUUUCGAGUGGUGGGCACUCGUUGGGGAGUUCAUCAAGCCUCUAUUCUCCGGGCAGCCUGGUGAUGUGGACAAGGAUUUUAUUAGGAGAUGUGCGCAAGAGGGGGUUAGAGGCGUCUCGGACCUAGAGGUCGCUAAUCUUGCAUUGACUGCAAGUGAGGAGAAGAGACUGAGGGAUUCUUGGUGGAUAGUAACCACUGAGCAGUCGGAGGGAGAAGAUGCGGACGAGGAUUCUGGUGAGAAGGAGGAGGGAACAGAAGAGGAGAAGAGCUCAAGAAGUAACAGAGACAGUGGAGAGGAGGGCGAGCCGGGUAGUGACACAGAUGGUAGUGAGGGAGGCGACUAGAGGAGACGCCUGAUAGGGCCGA